CUAUUUUCAUGAUCAUGGGAGGUGUGAGAGAAUUGCUGCUCUUUGUGGUGACUGUGGGGGUUGUGAGAGUUUCUUGUUACCCUGUUGGAAAGUCCCAGAAGCAAGAGCAAGUCUCUCUGCAGAGGAGACUUGGAGAGCUGUCAUCAAAUGACGUCUCCAUUGUGCAUGCCCUGGCCUUGCUCCGAUCCAUAGGGUCUGACGCUAAACAAGACAGAGAAGAGUAUUUUGAGACUAAUGAAGUAGAAUCCCAAGCUUCUCCAAACCAUGGUAGCUCUCCGGCAAAUGAUGCCCUGUCCUCUGAAGCCGCCUCUGAAGCUGCCACCGGCCCGUCUGACGACGCCGCCUCUGAAGCUGCCACCGGCCCGUCGUCUGACGACGCCGCCUCUGAAGCUGCCACCGGCCCGUCUGACGACGCCGCCUCUGAAGCUGCCACCGGCCCGUCUGACGACGCCGCCUCUGAAGCUGCCACCGGCCCGUCUGACGACGCCGCCUCUGAAGCUGCCACCGGCCCGUCUGACGACGCCGCCUCUGAAGCUGCCACCGGCCCGUCUGACGACGCCGCCUCUGAAGCUGCCACCGGCCCGUCUGACGACGCCGCCUCUGAAGCUGCCACCGGCCCGUCUGACGACGCCGCCUCUGAAGCUGCCACCGGCCCGUCUGACGACGCCGCCUCUGAAGCUGCCACCGGCCCGUCUGACGACGCCGCCUCUGAAGCUGCCACCGGCCCGUCUGACGACGCCGCCUCUGAAGCUGCCACCGGCCCGUCUGACGACGCCGCCUCUGAAGCUGCCACCGGCCCGUCUGACGACGCCGCCUCUGAAGCUGCCACCGGCCCGUCUGACGACGCCGCCUCUGAAGCUGCCACCGGCCCGUCUGACGACGCCGCCUCUGAAGCUGCCACCGGCCCGUCUGACGACGCCGCCUCUGAAGCUGCCACCGGCCCGUCUGACGACGCCGCCUCUGAAGCUGCCACCGGCCCGUCUGACGACGCCGCCUCUGAAGCUGCCACCGGCCCGUCUGACGACGCCGCCUCUGAAGCUGCCACCGGCCCGUCUGACGACGCCGCCUCUGAAGCUGCCACCGGCCCGUCUGACGACGCCGCCUCUGAAGCUGCCACCGGCCCGUCUGACGACGCCGCCUCUGAAGCUGCCACCGGCCCGUCUGACGACGCCGCCUCUGAAGCUGCCACCGGCCCGUCUGACGACGCCGCCUCUGAAGCUGCCACCGGCCCGUCUGACGACGCCGCCUCUGAAGCUGCCACCGGCCCGUCUGACGACGCCACCUCUGAAGCUGCCACCGGCCCGUCUGACGACGCCACCUCUGAAGCUGCCACCGGCCCGUCUGACGACGCCACCUCUGAAGCUGCCACCGGCCCGUCUGACGACGCCACCUCUGAAGCUGCCACCGGCCCGUCUGACGACGCCACCUCUGAAGCUGCCACCGGCCCGUCUGACGACGCUGCCACCGGCCCGUCUGACGACGCCACCUCUGAAGCUGCCACCGGCCCGUCUGACGACGCUGCCACCGGCCCGUCUGACGACGCCACCUCUGAAGCUGCCACCGGCCCGUCUGACGACGCUACCUCUGAAGCUGCCACCGGCCCGUCUGACGACGCUACCUCUGAAGCUGCCACCGGCCCGUCUGACGACGCUACCUCUGAAGCUGCCACCGGCCCGUCUGACGACGCUACCUCUGAAGCUGCCACCGGCCCGUCUGACGACGCUACCUCUGAAGCUGCCACCGGCCCGUCUGACGACGCUACCUCUGAAGCUGCCACCGGCCCGUCUGACGACGCUACCUCUGAAGCUGCCACCGGCCCGUCUGACCAUGCCAUUGAGCAACUGUUGACAUCUGCAUCUCAGCCCCCGUUGACCCCAAACAUGGAUAUCUGACGUGGGACAUGGUGCUCGGGGUCCAUGCAAGAUUUCAUGGGUACUCUAGUCCAGGUUGUGUGUGUAACUGCUUUUUCUUGUUUUGGCUCAAUUAAACGCUAACUGUAA